AUGGGCGCGCUGCGCACCGGCGUGGCGCUGGCGCUGGGCGCGGGGCUGGGCGCGGCCGCCGAGCGCUGGCGGCGGGGCCGGGCGGACGCGCGGGCGGAGCCGGGGCUGCUGGGCCGGCUGCCCGUGCUGCCCGUGGCGGCGGCGGCCGAGCCGCCCGCCCUCCCCGGGGGGCCCGGGAGCCGCGGCGCCGCCGAGCUCGCCAAGUACGGGCUGCCCGGGUUGGCGCAGCUCAAGAGCCGCGAGUCGUACGCGCUGUGCUACGACCCGCGCACCCGCGGCGCGCUCUGGGUGAUCGAGCAGCUGCGGCCCGAGCGGCUCCGCGGCGACGGCGACCGCCGCCAGUGCGACUUCCGCGAGGACGACUCCGUGCACGCCUACCACCGCGCCACCAACGCCGACUACCGCGGCAGCGGCUUCGACCGCGGCCACCUCGCCGCCGCCGCCAACCACCGCUGGAGCCAGAAGGCCAUGGACGACACCUUCUACCUGAGCAACGUCGCGCCGCAGGUGCCUCACCUCAACCAGAAUGCCUGGAAUAACCUGGAGAAGUACAGCCGCAGCCUGGCCCGCACCUACCAAAAUGUCUAUGUCUGCACAGGGCCACUCUUCCUGCCCAGGACGGAGGCCGACGGGAAGUCGUAUGUGAAGUACCAGGUGAUCGGCAAGAACCAUGUGGCGGUGCCCACGCACUUCUUCAAGGUGCUGAUCCUGGAGGCAGCGGGCGGGCAAAUCGAGCUGCGCUCCUACGUGAUGCCCAACGCCCCUGUGGACGAGACACUCCCGCUGGAGCGCUUCCUGGUGCCCAUCGAGAGCAUCGAGCGCGCCUCCGGGCUGCUGUUUGUGCCCAACAUCCUGGCCAGAGCGGGGAGCGUCAAGGCCAUCACCGCGGGCAGCAAGUGAGGGCGGCGGCUGAGAGACUGGCGCGGCGGGGCAGGGCGCCAUUAAAGCUGGCCAUUUGUGGA